GAAGAAGAAGACGGAGUCGUCGCUCGGGGAUGACGUCAUCCUAACAACACAACAACCCGCUUUACAGAAAAUAAGGGAACAGCUUUCAAAACAAAAACACAAAAAGACACGAGACCAACAACAGUCAUGUCUGUGAAUUAUGCUGCGGGGCUCUCACCGUAUGCAGACAAAGGUGUCUGCGGACUUCCCGAGACGUUUAAUAGUCCAGAGGAACUGAAGGUGAAGGUUGAGACCCUCGCCCAGUUGAUUAAAGAGUCUCAGUACUUGGUUGUCCACUCUGGAGCAGGAAUCAGCACUUCAGCAGGAAUCCCCGACUUCAGGGGUCCAAAGGGGGUGUGGACGUUAGAAGAAAAGGGUGAGUCACCUCACUUUGACACCACAUUUGAAGAUGCCCGGCCCAGUUUGACCCACAUGGCCCUGCUGGGACUGCAGAGGGCUGGAUACCUCAAGUAUCUCAUCAGUCAGAAUGUGGACGGCCUGCAUGUCCGAUCAGGCUUUCCCAGGGAUAUGUUAUCAGAGCUUCACGGAAACAUGUUUGUGGAGGAGUGUGAGAAGUGUGGCAGGCAAUAUGUCAGAGAAAAAGUGAUCGGUGUGAUGGGGCUAAAACCGACAGGACGUUACUGUGAUGUUGUUCGCUCCAGAGGACUUAGAGCCUGCAGAGGGAAGCUUAUCAGCACCAUACUGGACUGGGAGGACGCUCUCCCUGACAGAGACCUGAACAAAGCUGACGAUGCCAGCAGACGAGCAGACCUGGCACUGACACUUGGCACAUCCAUGCAGAUCAAACCCAGCGGAGACCUUCCGCUCCUCACCAAGCGCAGAGGAGGGAAACUGGUUAUUGUCAACCUGCAGCCCACCAAGCACGACAAGCAUGCACACCUGCGUAUCCACGGUUACGUGGAUGACGUCAUGAAGCAGCUGAUGGAGCUGCUGGGACUGGACAUCCCAAAGUGGGAGGGACCGACUGUCUGCGAGAGCUCCACCGCCACAUCCGAGUCCAACAACGACGUCAAACCGCCACAUGCAGUUACUGCAAAGGAGAAGGUGAAAAAAGACCUUGUUAAGGAGGAGAGGAAAAGAGAGGCAAGUGAACUAACGGGCGAUGGGAGCAUUAAGGAGGAGACGCUUUCAGUAAAGAGAGAGAGAGUGGACUCCCCAGAGGUGAUAAGUGAAGAGAAAUAGCCUCAGGUAUUUUUUUUUUCUUGCAACAACUUCACAACACAAACCUGUCCAGAAACAAACUGUACAACUGCGGGUGCACAGUCCCAUCAGUUUAAUGGCGACGCCGCUUCUUCUCAGUUAAUACCUUAUGGAGCAAAGACUUUUACAGUACUGUAGUGGUUUUGUCAAUCACAGAUUUCACACUAACCCUUAUAGCCAUGAUAAGCAGUGAUAUGAAACUCAGCUGAAGGCUUACAAUUUGACCUCCCCACUUGAGGUGAGUGUUUGACUGGGAUUUUACCAAGACUCAGCCUGUGAUAUAAAUGUUCUUCCUGCUGUGGUGAGGACAUGCAUUAUCCGCCUUUACUUUAGGACAACACAGUAAGAUCUGGAACACACAGUUAUAAAUAAAGUUUUAAUAAGGUGUGUAAGGUUGCUGCUCCUCAUUAACAGCUUUAUUUAUAACCAUGUGCUCCAGAUCUCAUCCCUAGACCCAGACCUUCUCUUAAAAGACGCCUUGGUUCGAUGCUUUACAAAAGGGGGGAUAUCAAGUGAGCAUCUCUAAGCCUGCUUGACUAAUGUAGCUAAAUACAGCUGGGGAAAAUUUAGGUUAUACCAGAUUUUUAUGUUUAUGGUGUGUUACCUAAAGAAACAGUUCUCUCAGGCGUCAUCAUGUUAAAAAAUCUCAAUUCAGAGCAGAGAUUUUUUUUUUUUUUAUUGCCAACCAUUACAAUUGCAAAUUUUACCCCAGAAACCUCAAACUGCUUCUCUAAGUGCUAAGUGUAGAAAUAUAAAAUUUCUCUUCCUCUGGUGAAAUGUGUAAUUCCACCUGCUGCAGAGUGGCUGUAAAUGGACCAUAAUCACAGCGUAUGUUUCUAGGAAAAUGUUUUUAUCUCAGGAAAUAAGCAUUGUACUUUGACAGAGAAAGUCAUCAUACUGUUUUUUUAUAUAUUCAUUUUGGAAUUAAAAAUAAUAAGUUCCUUGUA